GGCCAACAGGCAUCUGUCCUUGUUAAUUACAGAGAAACAAUUCCAAACCCGGAGCUCCGCCUGGAUUUGCUGGCCUGCAGCAGCCAAGGACUGGCGUUUCUCCCUCUCUGCUGAAUCCAGGUAUUCCCACCUGCUUCUCUGAAGGAUGGACAUGACCGACGGCUGCCAGUUCUCCCCUUCUGAAUACUUCUAUGAAGGCUCCUGUAUCCCCUCGCCAGAGGAUGAGUUUGGGGACCAGUUUGAGCCAAGAGUGGCAGCCUUCGGAGCACACAAAGCUGAGCUGCAGGGCUCAGACGACGAGGAGCACGUGCGUGCACCUACCGGCCACCACCAGGCUGGUCACUGCCUCAUGUGGGCCUGCAAAGCUUGCAAGAGGAAGUCCACUACCAUGGAUCGACGCAAGGCCGCCACCAUGCGCGAGCGCAGACGCCUGAAGAAGGUCAACCAAGCUUUUGAGACGCUCAAGAGAUGCACCACAACCAACCCUAACCAGAGACUCCCGAAGGUGGAGAUCCUCAGGAAUGCCAUCCGGUACAUUGAGAGCCUCCAGGAGCUGCUGCGCGAACAGGUGGAGAACUAUUACAGCCUGCCGGGACAGAGCUGCUCCGAGCCCACCAGCCCCACCUCCAAUUGUUCUGAUGGGAUGCCUGAAUGUAACAGCCCUAUCUGGUCCCGAAAGAACAGCAGCUUUGACAGCAUCUACUGUGCUGAUGUGUCAAACGUGUGUGCUGCAGAUAAAAGCUCCUUGUCCAGCUUGGAUUGUUUGUCCAGCAUAGUGGAUCGGAUCACGUCUGCAGAGCCAUCUGAGUUGGCUCUUCAGGACACAGCUUCUCUGUCUCCGGCUGCCAGCACCAAUUCACAGCCUGCAACCCCCGGAUCCUCCAGUUCCAGACCUAUCUAUCACGUAUUAUGAACUAUCUCCUGAUGGUCAGUCCUGCUAGGAGGGCUUACUACAAGGGAGAAAAGAAGCCCCGCGUCCGAAGGGAAGACAAGAUGCGCAGAAUAUGGGCUUUUCAGUUGUAAAUACUGUCUUGCCACUUUAUAAGGAAAUGGAUUUAACUGAAAGUCACAUUUGCAAUAAUGGUUUCUCCUCUGCCUAUUCUUUUUGCUUUCAUUUUUAGCUUUCAUUUGCAUUAGAUACAUGGUUCCAGAAAUAUUUUUCCAAUGGAGACCAUUAACUGACCGUUACUUAUAGUAAUUCUUAACUUAUACAUAUAUAUUGUAAAUAUUGCACAUCAAAAUAACUUUGGUAUUUAGAGCUCUAUUUUUUUUCUUCAAAAAACAUUUUAAUAGCUUGGAAUCCAUUACAGGGAAUUAAAAAUAUAUUUAACUUUUGCUUUUCUCUUUAAUCUUUUGUUAAUAAUGUAUCAAAUGAAAAUACAACAAUUCAGCCUAGUGAUAUAUAUUUUCAUCUUUUCUUAUAAGAAAUACUUCUUUCAAUGUAAGCAAUAAAUAAUACAUUGUGGGCAAUUUCAAACUAUAAA